AUGUAUGCUGUGGAUUAUAGUGAGGAGAAUGAGGGUUACCGUUGUUCCAGCCCGACCCGGGCAUUGGUACUGCUUGCGCUAGGUGCUUGUGAGGCUGCUGCUCUAGGUGCCAGUGCGUCUGCGCUCUCAGGUCCUGGUGAGACUGCGCUCUCAGGUACUGCGUCGUCCUCGUCCUCCCUCACUUUCACACUUGACUCCGGAGCUUCUCGCUCCUUCUUUCGAGACCGCACUACCCUUUCGCCGCUCGCCAGGCCGGUUGCGGUCUCCCUUGCUGACCCCUCUGGGGGUCCUGUCCUGUCUCACUUCUCCACUGUCCUCCCGUGUCCGGCUGCCCCUUCGGGCACCCUGUCGGGUCUGUACCUUCCCUCGUUCUCUACGAACUUGGUGAGUGGAGCGGACCUGCAGGAUGGGGGUGUUCACCAGUUCACAUCCUGCGCGUCAGCGGGUGACCCACUGCACGGAGGCUCGCACAGGCCGACACCUGGCCACGUGGCUGCGUCAGGUCAGGUACUUGCUGCUGCGUCCCGGUCAGGUCCUGAGUCUGCCCCCUGUUCUUGUCGCCUCCUGUCUCACGAGACUCUCCUGUGGCACCACCGUCUUGGCCACCCCUCCUUGCCCCGUCUUCGGAGCAUGGCUUCCCGUGUCCUUGUCUCUGGUCUUCCCCAGUCUCUCCCUCCUCUCCCCUCCGGGCCAGGACCUUCCUGUGUCCCCUGUGUCGAGGGUCGCCUCCGGGCUACUCCUCACUCCUCCCACUUCCCCCCGACGGAGGCUCCCCUGCAGACGCUUCACAUGGAUGUGUGGGGCCCAGCCCCCGUCCGUGGGCAGGGUUACGAGCGCUACUUCCUGCUGGUGGUUGACGACUACUCGCGUUACACCACAGUCCUCCCCUUGCGCAGCAAGGGUGCGGUCACUGAGGUGCUGAUCGACUGGAUCCGCGAGGCUCGUCUCCAGCUCAGGAGGAGCUUCGGCUCAGACUUUCCUGUUCUGCGUCUGCACUCGGACAGAGGCGGAGAGUUCUCUUCUCGCCUUCUGCGAGACUACUGUCGUGCACGGGGGAUCCGCCAGACCUUCACGCUUCCGGACUCACCACAGCAAAAUGGGAUUGCUGAGCGCCGCAUUGGCAUGGUCAUGGAUGUCGCUCGUACGUCCAUGAUGCAUGCGGCUGCCCCCCAUUUUCUGUGGCCGUUUGCAGUGAGGUACGCGGCGCAUCAGCUCAACCUUCACCCCCGGGUCUCUCGGCCUGCGAUGUCCCCAGCCUUGCUGUCGACGGGGAAGGUUGGCGAUGCGUCUGUGUUCCGUGUCUGGGGAUCUCGGGCGUUUGUCCGCGACUUGUCUGCGGACAAGCUGUCCCCUCGUGCUGCUCCCUGUGUCUUCCUUGGCUUCCCCACUGACGCCCCAGGGUGGCAGUUUUACCACCCCUCCUCUCGUCGUGUUCUGUCCUCCCAGGACGUCACGUUCGACGAGUCAGUCCCCUUCUACCGUCUCUUCCCCUACCGCACUCCUUCCCUCCCCCCUCCCCCGGACUUCCUUGUGCCGGUUCCCCCCCCGGUAGACCCCCUUCCCCCUCAGGUUCCUGCCCCCUCAGGUGUGUCCCAGGUAGACGCCGUUGACCCGGUCGAGGUUACUGGUGACUCUGGUGCUGCUGCGGGUGCUGAGCCUGGGGGUGCUGACUCUGGGGUGCUGUGCGCGGGGGUGCUGAGCCUGGGGGUGCUACUGCUGGGGGUGCUGGGCCUGAGGGUGCUACUUGCGGAGGGAGCUGCGCGAGUGGUUCGCGUCGCCGCUGGAGGCGUGCUGCUGAGAUCUGGAGGUGCUGCUGGAGCUGGAGCUGGAGCUUCUUCGACCGUCGUGGGUGCGGGUGCUGCCGGUCCCGGAGCUGCUGGACCUGCGGGUCCUCCUGGAGCUGGAGCUGCUGAGGGCGCUGGUGCUGAGCCUACUGCUGUUGGUCCUGCCACUGGAGGUGUGGGUGGCGCUGGUGCUGUCGCUGAGGGUGCUGGUGCAGACCCUGCUGCGUCUGGAGCUGCCGCGCGGCCUCGGCCGUACUUCGUUCCGCUCUUGCAGCAGGUUCUUGGUCUUUCUCCUCCGGUAGAGGGUCCACCGCCUGUCCAGUCGCAGUCCCUGCUGGAGCCUUCCUCUCCUCUGCCUGCUCCCUCUCUUACACUGGUCCUACUGGAAGGUCUUGCUGAGCGUCGUGAGCCUGCGUCUCGUCCCGCGUCGCCUUCCACUGCUGCGUCUGCUCUAGUCGCUGAGCUCGUCGACUUUGCUGCUCGCUGUCGUCUCGACUACACUGCUAGUCUUGUUGCUGAGUCUGCGUCUGUCUGUCCUCCGUCCGUCGGGGGUGAGUGUGCUCUUAGCACGGACGUCCUAGAGGACAGGCAGGAGGAGUUACAGUGUCUAGCGGCUGCUUCACCUCAUCUCGCGUCUGUACUGCUUGCCCCUGAGGGAGACUCGGAUGCACUAGACAUCCCGACUCCGCGUUCUUACGCGGAGGCCGUAGAGGGUCCCUACUCCUCUCAGUGGCAGGCAGCUAUGGAUGCAGAGAUGGCUUCCUGGAAGUCCACAGGCACCUACGUUGACGCGGUUCCCCCUCCUGGGGCGAACAUCGUCAGUGGCAUGUGGAUCUUCAGGGUGAAGCGGCCGCCGGGCUCUCCACCUGUCUUCAAGGCACGGUACGUUGCUCGUGGCUUCAGUCAGCGGCAGGGAGUUGACUACUUUCAGACCUUCUCUCCCACCCCGAAGAUGACUACUCUUCGGGUGCUGCUGCACAUAGCCGCUCAGCGCGACUACGAGCUUCACUCUCUCGACUUCAGCACUGCGUUCUUGCAGGGUAGCCUGCACGAGGAGAUCUGGCUUCGCCGUCCACCUGGCUUCACUGGGACUUUCCCUCCUGGCACCCAGUGGAGCCUUCGACGGCCAGUCUACGGUCUCCGCCAGGCACCGCGUGAGUGGCACGACACACUGAGGACUACGCUUGCGGCUCUUGGGUUUGCUCCUUCUACUGCUGACCCGUCGCUGUUUCUUCGCACCGACACUUCCCUGCCGCCGUUCUACAUCCUCGUGUACGUCGACGACUUGGUCUUUGCCACAGCAGACACUGCUGGACUCGCCUACGUGAAGUCCGAGCUGCUGAAGAGACACACGUGCACAGACCUGGGCUACGCAGCGGUCGUCACAGGGUUACACCUUCAGCCUUGGUUCCGGUUCUGUCUCGUGGCGGUCUACUCGCUCGUCUUCGUUCUCGGCUCCAGUUGUGAGGCUGAGAUCUAUGCCGGGGCCAUGGCUGCACAGGAGCUUCGCUGGCUCACCUACCUGCUGACUGACCUUGGAGAGUUGCCUCGUUCUCCUCCGGUGCUGUACGUAGACAACAAGGCUAUGCUGGCCUUGUGUCGAGAGCAGCGCUUGGAGCACAGAACGAAGCACAUUGCUCUCCGCUACUUCCUUGCUCGUGAGCUGCAGCAGCGUGGUCAGUUGCGACUUGCGUACGUGGCCUCUGAGGCCAACACUGCUGAUGUGUUCACCAAGGCACUCGCGCCUUGUGACCAUCAGCGCUUUUGCACCCAGCUGGGUCUUGUGCCUGUCUUGCCUCACUUGCUCUCCUCUUGA